UUCAAACAAAGUUUAAGAUGUUUCUGGUUUCAUCUAUUUCAGCCUAAACGAUAAUUUUAAUAUUUUUCUUAUGUAACUCAAUUUUUCAGUCAAGGGUAAUCUUUUACUCAUAGUUUACUCAAAUCUAAACCUACAUUAAUCUUCUGCUUAUUACCUUACUCAAUUCCAGUUUUAUGUUUGCUUAGUUCCCUUUUAACUGCAGCCUUUCUCAGAAAUUCUCAAACUUAUUUUCUAACUGCAGCCUUUCUCAGAAAUUCUCAAACUUAUUUUCAAACUCUCCCUAUUUUUAGUUAUGCCGCCGGCUCGCACAGUUAUCCGCAGCGCUGCAGGGUUUUCGGAUCCCUCAGACUUAUCUCUAUCAGUUCUACGGGACCUUUCAGUCAACUCAAUCAGUGAUUUUGACACUGUUCUCUUAACCGAAGUCAACUGGAACAAAAAGACUCUCGGUUGCCUGUCCGUCUCCCUUUUAGCAGACAACCUGAGAGUGGAGGAGGCCACAUUCCACCUGCUAGGCAGCCUCUGGGACCGCAAGUCAUUCCACGCAGCCUCUAUGUGGACCACAAUUAACCCAACUCAGCUGACUAUUUCUCUCCCGGAUCUUUCCGCGUUCUCAUUUCCCCCGGGUUCCCUCUGUUCCAACUACCUCUCUUCCGAAGAUUUGGAGUUCGAGUUCUCUCAAGGCGGUCAACUGGUUCCCCCUAAUCUAUACCAGGCGACCAACCUGUCCUCCUUCUGCCUCAGAUCUUUUGUACAUCCAACUUCAGACUGCUACGCCAAGGUCCAAUUCCUCAUCUUCCCGUUCCCUCUUUCCGUUCUAGCCAAAAAUCCUCUCUACCUAGAUGAGAACUUUCCGGGACUUAAACUAGCUGAUUACGAAUUCCCACUAGCUCCUGCAGCUCUGUUAUCUCCCAUCAACGACUCCUGGGGGUUCCCUCUCGCCCCUGCAGUCUUUCCUGGUGCUGAUUGGAACGACAGUGCUAGUGUGCCGUCUGGUAUCCGACUACGUAUAGCCCUGUCUCAACUUCUCAGGUCUCCAAUUCUUCCUGAGGUUAAAGCCAACAUUUCAGGCCUCAAGCAACGUUAUGCGCAAAUACUGGAGAAAGGCUCCAGAACCUUCAGGACUAAGUUUCCUCCUAUGAUCUGGCCUCCAGCUACAACUAUUCCUGCUACAGAUCUACCUGCUCAAGUCAUUGGUUCACCAAGGGUCAUUCCAUGCGCUGUUUCUGGUUCAACCAAGUACGGUCCUCAGGGCCUGUUUUCCCCCGGAUCAUUUCACCAGCUCUCCACGGACCCAGAGCUCAGUCUUCUUCUAUGCAAUCUAGCAAAUCAUUCCUUAACUAAAAGUACUUGGAGUACUUACAAGACCUCAUACAAAAUGCUCCUACAGUGCUUUAAUAAUGAUGUUUCCUUUCCCUUAAGUCAAAUGUCCAUCAUCACAUAUAUUGGCUGGCUAGCGAGUAGGGGUCUUGCCAUCUCUACUAUCAACUCAUACCUUGCCGGUCUUAGACAAGUACAUCUUGUCCUGGGACACAAUGUUCCACAUCUCAGAUCCGAUAUUGUAACUCAAAUCCUUGUUGGGAAAAAGAAUUUUGACUCUAUUGCUCCAUCUUCUAAACCUGUCAGAAUGCCUAUAACCCCUACUUUGCUGAGAAUCCUCAAAAACGCCAUUAAUAAAGACCACCUUCCUUACUUCGACAAGAGAUUAUUCUGGUUCCUUUGUGUAGUGGCCUUUCACGGUUCCUUUAGAAUGGGUGAAUUACUAACCCGUCAUCCAAAUCACUUUGAUCCAAACUUCUCACUGCUCGGCCAACACAUUGUUUCCAGUCCAAAUAUUAUUAAUAAAGAACCAUCAUCUUUUUUGGAGAUCACUCUCACCUCGUCCAAGAUCAGUCCCACUACAGCCACAGUAAUUGAUAUUUACCCUACUGGCAGUGAUAUUUGUCCCAUCAGAGCACACAACAAAGUUAUAAGUCUGCAGAAACUGCAACAUGACUUACCAGCCUUUAGGCUACUUUCUGGCAAAAAUAUUACUCCGGCGCUAUUCAACAAAAAACUCAAAUACUGGUUGACAGGUUUCAUCGAUUUCUCUGUAUGCUCCGUGUCCGGACACUCUUUCAGAGCAGGAAUCCCAACUAUCCUAGCUUCCAUGGGCUAUGCUAGCUCGGAUAUCAAAUCUGUAGGCAGGUGGUCUAGCAGAGCCUUCCUUCUGUAUACAAAGCUCCCUAGAACCAAACGUAUUGCCAUGGCACAAGCCCUCGGGAACCUCAAUAUUUGAUUAUGUAAUCUGCCUAGCUAUUCUUGUGUCAAUUAUUUUUAAAUUUUAACACAUAGCAGUUACUUGUAACAAUAUACA